GUGCAGUCCAUUGUAUAUCAUGGUGUUGCUUUUAUUGUUUAUUUGACAGUCCAUUGUAUAUCAUGGUGUUGCUUUUAUUGUUUAUUUGACAGUCCAUUGUAUAGUCGGAUGUUGUAUUUAUUGUUUAUUUGACAGUCCAUUGUAUAUCAUGGUGUUACUUUUAUUGUUUAUUUGACAGUCCAUUGUAUAUCAUUGUGCUGUAUCUAUUGUUUAUUUGACAGGUUUAAUGCAACCUCACGCGACCCCUGUCUACUCAGCUACAAAGCAUGGAGUGAGGGCUUAUAUGACCAGUGUGUGUCAAGAUCCAACUCGUCCGGACCAAGGAAUCGAAUACGCAAUGAUCGCCCCCGAUGCUGUCGAUACCCCGAUGGUUCGCUCCUUGGACAAUAAUCGGAUCUUUUACUGGGAUGAGCUCAAAGAUUUAGUUUUGGGGAGACUGAUAAAACCACAGACAAUUGGAGAAGCCCUUCUACAACUGCUCCGUUGUGACGUCAUCAACGGCGCCAUCUUGCAUGUGGACAAUCAGGGGAAGACUUUCCGCCACAUGGAGUGCGUCAACGACGGUGUCACCUUUGACCCCAGCAAAGUCUUCAGCACCUCGUAUGUCUUCGAUCAAGAGUGAUGAUGAUAAAUGACAUUUGUAAAGGAUGCUGACAAAAUGAGUUACUUUAUUUUUUCGAAUUCUGGUCUUAUAGACACAGAUAUAUUAUAUCAAAGUUAAAGUUUUGGUUGAUAUAAUUUUGCAUAUGAACCAAUAAAACCAAUGAGGAUAUGAGACUCACUGCAACGUGGCAGAAAUGGGCAGUAAUGAAAGAAAAUAGGAACCCUGAAAAAGCAUUAAACCUGAAGGAAAAUGUAUCACUUUAGAACUUACAAAUUUGAUGUGUGUAUUUUCGACCUUCAUCUCCUUUCGUGGAUUGCGAGAAGUAACUCAUUUUGUCAGCACGACUCACAUUACCAUAGCGCUC